AUGUCUUUCCUUUUCGGCGGUCAGCCCAAGAUGUCCUCGGAGCAGAAGCUCGCUCAGGCCGAGACCGAAGUCGAGAUGAUCUCUGACAUGUUCAACCGUUUGAACGAGUCCUGCACCAAGAAGUGUAUCCCCGUCGACUACCGCGAGGGUGACCUGAACAAGGGCGAGUCCGUCUGCCUCGACCGCUGUGUCUCCAAGUUCUUCGACGUCAACAUCAAGGUUAGCGAGAAGAUGCAGGGUGAUGCCGCUCAGAAGCAGCAGGGUUUCGGCAUGUAA